AUGGAGCUUCAGUGUGCAGAGGACAAGGCCAUCACAGCACACCCCGCAGAAGACCUCCAGGACGUUCUGAAUGCCUUUGCCAAGAUCCUGUACCCCCAGCUGAAGAAAGGUCAGCGAGCUCCCGACGGGCAACAGAAACGUUUCAGGGACAAUAUCAAGACCAGUCUGAAGAAAUUCAACAUCACACUGAGCAACUGGGGACACACUGCACUGGCCGUGGUGGUGAAGCUUGUGUGUACCAAUGUUACCAAGAGCGAUGCUGUCUGGAGCUUGGCUCCUGUAGAUUUUGGGCGGGGGACCACCGCUGGACACAGCUGGGGGGUGGGACCACCGCUGGACACAGCUGGGGCAGGGGACCACCGCUGGACACAGCUGGGGGGUGGGACCACCGCUGGACACAGCUGGGGGGUGGGACAGCUGUUGGUGUUCAGGAGGAUCCUGAGUGAGGACGCUGUUUACUGUUACACUUAUCACAUGACAAUCAAUGACAAAAUGAUGUCACGUCACUUUCGCCCGUCCACACCUUUACCCGUCCAUAUCUUCACCCGUCCAUAUCUUCACCCGUCCAUAUCUUCACCCGUCCACACCUUCACCCGUCCAUAUCUUCACCCGUCCACACCUUCACCCGUCCAUAUCUUCACCCGUCCAUAUCUUCACCCGUCCACACCUUUACCCGUCCAUAUCUUCACCCGUCCAUAUCUUCACCCGUCCACACCUUUACCCGUCCAUAUCUUCACCCGUCCAUAUCUUCACCCGUCCAUAUCUUCACCCGUCCAUAUCUUCACCCGUCCAUACCUUUACCCGUCCACACCUUUACCCGUCCAUAUCUUCACCCGUCCAUACCUUUACCCGUCCACACCUUUACCCGUCCACACCUUUACCCGUCCAUACCUUUACCCGUCCAUACCUUUACCCGUCCAUAUCUUCACCCGUCCACACAUUUACCCGUCCAUACCUUUACCCGUCCAUAUCUUCACCCGUCCAUAUCUUCACCCGUCCAUAUCUUUACCCGUCCACACCUUUACCCGUCCAUAUCUUCACCCGUCCAUACCUUUACCCGUCCAUAUCUUCACCCGUCCAUACCUUUACCCGUCCAUAUCUUCACCCGUCCACACCUUUACCCGUCCAUAUCUUCACCUGUCCACACCUUUACCCGUCCACACCUUUACGCAUCCACACCUUCACCCGUCCAUAUCUUCACCCGUCCAUACCUUUACCCGUCCAUAUCUUCACCCGUCCACACCUUUACCUGUCCACACAUUUACCCGUCCAUACCUUUACCCGUCCAUACCUUUACCCGUCCAUAUCUUCACCCGUCCAUACCUUUACCCGUCCAUAUCUUCACCCGUCCAUAUCUUCACCCGUCCACACCUUUACGCAUCCACACCUUCACCCGUCCAUAUCUUCACCCGUCCAUACCUUUACCCGUCCAUAUCUUCACCCGUCCAUAUCUUCACCCGUCCACACCUUUACCCAUCCACACCUUCACCCGUCCAUAUCUUCACCCGUCCAUACCUUUACCCGUCCAUAUCUUCACCCGUCCACACCUUUACCCGUCCAUAUCUUCACCCGUCCACACCUUUACCCAUCCACACCUUUACCCGUCCAUAUCUUCACCCGUCCACACCUUUACCCGUCCAUAUCUUCACCCGUCCACACCUUUACCCGUCCAUAUCUUCACCCGUCCACACCUUUACCUGUCCACACAUUUACCCUUCCAUACCUUUACCCGUCCAUACCUUUACCCGUCCAUAUCUUCACCCGUCCACACCUUUACCCAUCCACACCUUUACCCGUCCAUACCUUUACCCGUCCAUACCUUUACCCGUCCACACCUUUACCCGUCCACACCUUUACCCAUCCACACCUUUACCCGUCCACACCUUUACCCAUCCACACCUUUACCCGUCCACACCUUUACCCGUCCACACCUUUACCCGUCCACACCUUUACCCGUCCAUACCUUUACCCGUCCAUAUCUUCACCCGUCCAUACCUUUACCCAUCCACACCUUUACCCGUCCAUACCUUUACCCGUCCAUACCUUUACCCGUCCAUAUCUUCACCCGUCCACACCUUUACCCAUCCACACCUUCACCCGUCCACACCUUUACCCGUCCAUAUCUUCACCCGUCCACACCUUUACCUGUCCAUAUCUUCACCCGUCCACACCUUUACCCAUCCACACCUUUACCCGUCCACACCUUCACCCGUCCAUAUCUUCACCCGUCCAUAUCUUCACCCGUCCACACCUUUACCCAUCCACACCUUCACCCGUCCAUAUCUUCACCCGUCCAUACCUUUACCCAUCCACACCUUCACCCGUCCACACCUUUACCCGUCCAUAUCUUCACCCGUCCACACCUUCACCCGUCCAUAUCUUCACCCGUCCAUACCUUUACCCGUCCACACCUUUACCCAUCCACACCUUCACCCGUCCAUAUCUUCACCCGUCCAUACCUUUACCCGUCCAUACCUUUACCCGUCCAUAUCUUCACCCGUCCACACCUUUACCCAUCCACACCUUUACCCGUCCAUAUCUUCACCCGUCCAUAUCUUCACCUGUCCACACCUUCAUACUCACAUCUUGCCUCUGUCAUCCACCGGCCACGUGACAGAUGGUCCACAAACGGCUUAA